AUGAUUUAUAUUUAUUUGAGUUAUUUAAUUCCUAUCAUAACAUUCUCAUAAUUACUUUAUGAUUCUGGAGUUAUAAUUAUUGUAUCACAAUAAAACCCAUCCUUAUUUUGUACUGUUUAAUUUAAUGGAAUUUUUCAAAACCCACCUUAAGUAUUCUUAGUUAUACAAACAAUAUAAUUUGAUUAAGGAGGAAUUUAAUUCUAUUGUGAUUUAAAAAGCAUAACUACUUAAGGUUAUCUAUAAUUUGUAAUAUUAGGUUUUGCUAUUCAAAUUCACAAAACUUUUGGAACAAUAACUAAAAUUAUUUAUUUUUACGUAGCUUUCGAUGAUUAAAGAAUUCAAAUAAUAAAUAGCUUUAAUAUGAUACCACCAAUAAAAAAUACUUUUCCAAUUAAAAAUAUUAAUGCAUAAAAUGCUGUUCUAUCCCUUCUUAGCUUCGGAUGCAAAGCACCUGUAAAUUUUGAAAUCUCUGUAAAUCUUAUAAUCAUAAAUAGAUAGCAGAAAUCACAGAAAAUAGCAUUACUGUUGAAAUAACCAAAGACUUUACUAAUUUAAUUUAAGUUGGCUAUUAGAUAUUAGUAGGUAUUGAUGAAGCUUUUCCAUAUUAAAAAAUGUAAUAUCCUACUGGACCUACUGCUUAUCAUAUCUCUAAUCUAAAUUUAAUUGAGGGAAAUUUUUAUCAAUUUUUAACUACUUAUUACGGAUUUCAAUAUACUCCUGUCAAUAAAUUUCAUCUAGUAAAAGAAACAACUUAAACUUAUUCUGAUUAAACAUUUGAUUAUUCCAUUUUUCAUUAUGGUAAACAUUAAAAUGAAUAUUUGUAGUCCCUGCAGUUUUUGCACCAUGUGCCAGUCUAGAAUUUUUUGUAAAGAAGUAAUAUAAAACUAUUUUUACUCCAAUUCGAUUGAAAUCAGUAAUAAUUACUUAGAAAGAUGAUUCUAAUUCAAUAAAUAACACUUUAAUAAUUGUAAAUUUAGAAUUCAACAAUUAAAUUAUUAUGUAAUCUGGAAAAUAUAAAAUUAUGCUAGAUAAAUCAAUCUUAUAAAUUAAUAUAAAUAUUUUGAUUAAUUGUAAAAACAUUACUAAAAUUGAAAGUGUAUUUCGAAAAUAGAAAAAGAAUAUUCAAAAUGAAAAUAAGAUGACUUAUGAAUGUGGCUAAAAAUUUAAUUCUAUAAUUUUCAAUUUAACUUUUGCAUAAACAAUAGUUGCUUAUUAAGAAUUAUAUAUAUAAAUUGAAGAAUUUAGUUUAAAUUUACAAUAAUUACUUUACAAUUAGUAAGAGGAACUAAUAGAACUAUUCAACAUGAAAUUAGAAUGA